AUGGUUCAAGAAAUGAAAGGUCAUUCCAACUCAACGUUACCCCCGGGAUCAGUCCUAAUACAAUCAGGUCAGGCCAUUUCUCAGACCGCUGGCAUGGCUGCUCUGCAAACUAAUAGUGCCACGAGCGGUCCCCAGAAUCUCCAAGUGUGGACUCCGUCACCUUCUGGAGCCAUUACAGUUUCGGGAAUAUCAUCAUCGAGGAGUUCUGCCAACUUGGUUACUCUGCCCUCCGGUCAGACUGUUUUGAUGGCUAAUUUAGUGACAACUGCUACCACAGCAUCAAUUUCUUUGCCAACGUCUUCAAUCGCUAAACAGCAAAUUCAGGUUCCAACAGGUCUCCCACCCGGAGGGCCUAUCGUCAUAUCUAAUCCUAAUUCUACUGGUCCACUUACUACACAACUUACUAACCCCACUGUCAUACAAGGUCCAAACGGCCAAAUGUCAGUAGCUUUGCCAGGUGGAAUGAUAAGUAGCAACACAUUAAAUUCAUUCAAUAAUUCACCUACUGCCUUUGUUUCAAGUACAUUGGGAAACUUAUCUGCUGACCAACCUGUACACAUCGCCCAGAUUGUCGACAAUCAUUUGCGUCCAGGAACAGCUUGUUUCACAACAAAUACUGGAUUUCAGGGAAUAGCAUCUAUGAAUCAGGUGCUUUUGGACUCAACAGGUUUUAAUCUUAGCAAUACUGCAGCACAAAACAAGUUGAUUAAUCUGUCAUCCGUCAGACCUCCCGGACUUGUAUCUUCACCCAUACAACCAGUUCACUCUGGUAAUUCAUUUGUCGCAGCCGGAAAUAUCCCUAGAGGUCUACCUGUUAACUUUCCUUCUGACAUUGUAAUUUCGCAGACAAAACCGUCUGUUUCUCAACCGGUCAUUGUCUCUACUUCAAAUCUACCUGUUCAGGAAGCAGCAACAUAUCCAGUUCAAGAUGAAUGUACAUCGGUAAUACAAAAUGGUACUCCUACUUCAGCUCCAGUUACAACACCUGUGCCCAAUGUAAGUUCAACUAGCAAUCCAUCUGCUUCAACUACUGGGGUUACUGUCGUUGAAAUACCUCGUUCACCUGAAAAUAGUCAAACAAUUCUCGAUUCAAAGUGUAUCACUGAUGAGAAAACCAAUUCUGUUUUCACAUCAAAUUCCUUAUCUGAGCUGCUGAAUGAGUUUGAGCCUCAUUUACAACUAGAUCCUGAUGUUGAAGAGGUCAUAACUAAUUUAGCCAAUGAAUUUAUUGUAAAUUGUGCAGAAAAAGCUCAACAACUUGCUUCACAUAGGGGCAUAUCAAAUGUUGAAGCAAAGGACGUUGUAUUUUGUAUGGAACGUGAUUGGAAUGUUAUUGUGCCAGGUUUUGCCACUGAAGAACGAAUUAUACGUAAAAGUUUUACAACUGAAGCACAUAAACAGCGUUUAGCUUUAAUUAAAAAACAAAUUAAGAAAAUGUAA